AUGUCUUCUCCUGGUUCCACGGGAUCUGGGACCACCGGUUCGGUCCUGCAACCACGAUGGAAGCGAGUGUUGGGUUGGUCCGGUCCCGUCCCUCGACCUCGUCACGGACACAGAGCGGUUGCUAUCAAAGAGUUGAUGGUUGUAUUCGGGGGUGGCAAUGAAGGAAUUGUGGAUGAAUUACACGUCUAUAAUACAGCCACCAACCAGUGGUUCAUCCCCGCGGUGCGUGGGGACAUCCCGCCCGGGUGCGCUGCGUACGGCUUUGUGUGCGAUGGCACCCGGCUGCUGGUGUUCGGCGGCAUGGUGGAGUAUGGAAAAUACAGCAACGACCUGUACGAGCUGCAGGCUAGCCGAUGGGAGUGGAAGAGGCUGAAGCCCAAGGCUCCCAAAAAUGGCCCCCCUCCCUGCCCCCGUCUGGGCCACAGUUUCUCUCUGGUGGGCAACAAGUGCUACCUGUUCGGAGGGCUGGCCAACGACAGCGAGGACCCCAAAAACAACAUUCCCAGGUACCUGAACGACCUGUACAUCCUGGAGCUGCGCGCGGGCUCGAGCGUGGUGGGCUGGGACAUCCCCAUCACCUACGGCGUGCUGCCGCCGCCGCGGGAGAGCCACACCGCCGUGGUCUACACCGAGAAGACCAGCAAGAAGUCCCGUCUGGUCAUCUACGGCGGCAUGAGCGGCUGUCGCCUCGGCGACCUCUGGACCCUCGACAUCGACACGCUCACCUGGAACAAGCCGUCAGUCAGCGGCACAGCACCGCUGCCCCGGAGCCUGCACUCCGCCACCACCAUCACCAACAAGAUGUACGUGUUUGGGGGAUGGGUUCCCCUGGUGAUGGAUGACGUGAAGGUGGCCACACAUGAGAAGGAGUGGAAGUGUACGAACACGCUGGCCUGUCUGAACCUGGACACCAUGGCGUGGGAGACGGUUCUCAUGGACACUCUGGAGGACAACAUCCCGAGAGCCCGGGCAGGACACUGCUCCGUCGCCAUCAACUCCCGGCUGUACGUGUGGAGCGGCCGGGACGGCUACCGCAAGGCCUGGAACAACCAGGUGUGCUGCAAGGACCUGUGGUACCUGGAGACGGAGAGGCCGCCGGCGCCGUCGCGGGUCCAGCUGGUGCGCGCCAACACCAACUCCCUGGAGGUGAGCUGGGGCGCGGUCUCCACGGCCGACAGCUACCUGCUGCAGCUGCAGAAGUACGACAUCCCCGCCGCCGCCGCCGCCACCUCGCCGGCCCUCAACGCCACGCCCUCGCUGCCCGGCAACUCGCCCAAGAGCCCCGCCCCCGCCGCCGCCGCGCCCUCCGCCCAGACGCUGCCGCUCUCCGGCAUCACGCUCGUGCCCCAGGUGGGCUCCCCGACCACCGUCAUGCCGGGGAGUCCGCUGGCCGCCAGCACCGCCCGCGGCCCAGCUAUUCUGAAAGUGGCGGCUCCGCACUCCGCUGCUGGGACGUCCAUCGUCACUGUGCGCCAGGCUAACCCGGCCGGGAAAUCCCCCGUCACUGUGACAUCACUUCCUGCUGGCGUCCGCAUGGUGGUGCCUGCUCAGAGCACCCAGGGGACGCCAAUCGGUAGCAGCCCUCAGAUGAGUGGCAUGGCCGCGCUGGCGGCGGCUGCCGCGGCCACACAGAAGAUCCCGCCCUCUUCCGCGCCCACGAUGCUGAACGUGCCCGCGGGCGCCACCAUCGUGAAGACCAUGGCCAUGACCCCCGGCUCCACCAGCCUGCCAGCGACAGUCAAAGUGGCAUCGCCUGUUAUGGUGAGCAACCCGGCCACCCGCAUGCUGAAGACGGCGGCGGCGCAGGUGGGCACCUCGGCCGUGUCGACGCCCAACACGCCCACGCGCCCCAUCAUCACCGUGCACAAGUCCGGCACCGUCACCGUGGCGCAGCAGGCCCAGGUGGUCACCACCGUGGUGGGCGGAGUCACCAAGACCAUCACCCUGGUCAAGAGCCCCAUCGGCAUGGGCGGGAGCGGCACGCUGAUCUCCAAUCUGGGGAAGGUGAUGUCCGUGGUGCAGACCAAGCCGGUGCAGACCUCCGCCGUGACCGGCCAGGCCUCCACCAACCCCGUCACCCAGAUCAUACAGGCACUCUCUUCUCAGACAAAGGGCCCCCUCCCAGCCGGGACCAUCCUGAAGCUGGUGACCUCUGCGGACGGCAAGCCCACUACCAUCAUCACCACCACCCAGGCCGGGGGCACGGGCAGCAAGCCCACCAUCCUGGGCAUCAGCAGCGUGUCGCCCACCACCACCACCAAGCCGGGCACCACCACCAUCAUCAAGACCAUCCCCAUGUCGGCCAUCAUGACCCAGCCGGGGGCGACAGCAGGGGUAACCAGCAGCCCGGGGAUGAAGUCGCCCAUCACCAUCAUCACCACCAAAAUGAUGACCUCUGGUACUGGGACGCCCGGCAAGAUCAUCACUGCGGUGCCCAAACUGGGUACCGGGCCUGGCCAGCAGGGGGUGACACAGGUGGUUUUGAAGGGGGCACCUGGUCAGCCAGGUACCAUUCUGCGCACGGUACCCAUGGGUGGGGUACGCCUGGUUACCCCGGUAACCGUCUCUGCCGUCAAACCCACCGUAACCACGCUUGUCGUCAAGGGAACAACAGGUGUGACCACUCUCGGGACCGUGACGGGCACAGUGUCCACCAGUCUCGCGGGGGGUAGCGUGGCCAGUGCCAACGCUUCCCUGGCGACCCCCAUCACCACCCUGGGCACCAUCGCCACCCUGUCCAGCCAGGUCAUUAACCCGGCUGCCAUCACCGUGUCAGCAGCACAGACCAGCCUGACCGCCGCCUCUCCGCUCCCAACGCCCACCAUCACCAUGCAGUCGGUGAACCAGCCCACGCAGGUGACCCUGAUAACCACCCCCAGCGGGGUGGAGGCCCAGCCCGUUCAGGACCUGCCCGUGUCCAUCCUGGCCUCCCCCACCUCCGAGCAGCCGUCCGCCACCGUGGCCGAGGCGGGGGCCGGGGAGAUGCCCGGCACCGUCACUCUGGUGUGCUCGAACCCGCCCUGCGAGACCCACGAGACUGGCACCACCAACACCGCCACCACCGCGUCCGCCAACAUGGGCGUGCAGCGCGUCUGCUCGAACCCGCCCUGCGAGACCCACGAGACUGGCACCACCAACACCGCCACCACCGCGUCCGCCAACAUGGGGGUGCAGCGCAUGUGCACCAACCCGCCGUCGGAGACCCACGAGACGGGCACCACCAACACCGCCACCACCGCCAGCGCCAACAUGGGAUCCGACCAGAUGGGCACUGUCCAGAGCAAGACGGAAUCGCAGUCUCCCUCUUCCUCCUCCUCCUCUUCCCCUCCGGCCUCCGCCACCGGGUCCUCCGGAGGGGGCGGCGCCCCGGGGGUCCUGCGGCCCGAGAACCUGCGGACGGGCACCACGUACACCUCCACCACCGCGCGCUCCAACAUGGGCUCGGACCAGACGGGCACGGUGCAGAGCUCCCGCUCCGCCCAGGAGAAGCCGUCCUACAGCAGCAGCGCCGCCUGCCCCAUCUCGCAGACCCCGCCCGCGGAGAAGGGCGAGGGGCCCCAGGUCUGCUCCAACCCCCCCUGCGAAACGCACGAGACGGGCACCACCAACACCCCUACCCAAGCCUCCUCCACCAUGGGGGCUGAUCAGUCUGGGACGGUGCAGAGGGUCUGCUCCAACCCCCCCUGCGAAACGCACGAAACUGGCACCACCAACACCCCUACCCAAGCCUCCUCCACCAUGGGGGCUGAUCAGUCUGGGACGGUGCAGAGGGUGUGCUCCAACCCCCCCUGCGAAACCCACGAAACUGGCACCACCAACACCCCCACCCAAGCCUCCUCCACCAUGGGGGGCGAUCAGUCUGGGACGGUGCAGAGGGUCUGCUCCAACCCCCCCUGCGAAACCCACGAAACUGGCACCACCAACACCGCCACCACCGCCACAUGCAGCAUGGAGAGUGGAGAGGGCGCAGCUCAGCAGAGUGGUGACGGUACACAAGGGGACGGGGGUGCCCCCUCAGAGGUCCCGACGCAGUCCACCACCCCGACGGAAGCGCCCAAUCCCACGACGCAAAGCAGGGCCAUCACAACCGUCACCCAGGCAACGCCCGCGCCAGGACCCUCAGUGCCAUCGAUCUCCUCCAUCACGGAGGCGUCGGGCGUGGCGCACGAGGACGGCGGCGAGAUGGCGGCGCUGCAGGCGGGCGACCCGGCGGCGGGCGGGCAGAUGCAGGCCGGCGGCGAGGACGCUGCGGCCGCCGUCGCCGCGGCAGCAGCAGCGGAGGCGGGAGAGCCCAUGCAGACGGAGUGCGCGGCCGAGCUGGGAGAAGCCGCCGCCGUCGCCGCCGUGGCGAUGGAGGAGGGCGAGGCCACCACGGUGCUUCAGGUGCAGGUGGAGCAGCUGCCCACCGCCAUGGAGACCCAGCCCAGCCAGGAGGAGCAGGAGAUGGAGCAGGGAGCAGUGGCAGGCACUGCCCAGGACUCGGAGCCGCUGACCCUGCCCCAGGAGCUGAUGUCCGAGGGGCAGCCCGCCACCCUGAUGGUGACGGGCCUCACCCCCGAGGAGCUGGCGGUGACGGCCGCGGCUGAGGCCGCUGCCCAGGCCGCCGCCACGGAGGAGGCCCAGGCGCUGGCCAUCCAGGCCGUCCUGCAGGCGGCGCAGCAGGCUGUCAUGAAUGAAGGAGACUCGGGCCACGACCAGCAGCCCACCACCAUCCCCAUCGUGCUGACCCAGCAGGAGCUGGCCGCCCUGGUGCAGCAGCAGCAGCAGCUGCAGGAGGCGCAGGCCCAGGCGCAGGCAGCGGCGGCGGCGGCAGCAGCGUCCGCGGCGGCAGCGGCGGCGGCGGCCGCCCAGCAGCAGCAGCAGCAGCAACAGCAGCAGCAGGCCAGCGCCCAGGCCGCCCUGCCCACCGAGGGCCUGGCGCCCGCCGACAGCCUCAACGACCCCGCCUCCGAGAGCAACGGCCACAACGAGAUGGCGGCCGCCGUCACCAGCGCCGUGGCCCGGCUGCUGCCCGGCACCUCGGCCGAGACCUUGGCCCCAUCCAGCACUUUCGCCCCAGCGCAGCCCAUGGUGGUGGCCAGCCCAGCCAAGAUACAGGCGGCCACCGCGCUGGCCGAGGUAGCCAAUGGCAUCGAGUCUGCCGCGGGGAAGCAAGGUCCCACGCCAGCCAUGGCCAAGCCGCCCGUGAAGAAGGAGAGCCAGUGGUUUGACGUCGGCGUCGUCAAAGUGACGAACAUGGUCGUCACGCACUACUACCUACCAGGCGACGAUUCGCCCCCUGUUGACGAGGACUCCCCGGCCGUCCCGGACUACAGCCAGAUGAAGAAGGUGGAGCUCCAGCCGGGCACCGCCUACAAGUUCCGCGUGACGGGCAUCAACGCUUGCGGCCGCGGGGCCUACUCGGAGAUCUCCGCCUUCAAGACCUGCCUGCCGGGCUUCCCCGGAGCGCCCUGCGCCAUCAAGAUCAGCAAGAGUCCGGACGGCGCUCACCUGACCUGGGAGCCCCCGUCGGUGACCUCGGGGAAGAUCAUCGAGUACUCGGUGUACCUGGCCAUCCAGAGCGCGCAGGCCGGGGAGCAGAAGGCCUCCACCCCGGCGCAGCUGGCCUUCAUGCGCGUGUACUGCGGGCCCAGCCCCUCCUGCCUGGUGCAGUCCUCCAGCCUGUCCAACGCCCACAUCGACUACACCACCAAGCCCGCCAUCAUCUUCCGCAUCGCCGCGCGCAACGAGAAGGGCUACGGCCCCGCCACGCAAGUCCGAUGGCUCCAGGAAUCCAGUAAAGAUGGAUCCGCAGCUAAACCCGCCACAAAAAGACCAGUCUCUUCUCCUGACGGGAAAGCCACCGGUCCAAAGAAGGCGAGGUCAGACCAGUGAGAGGGGCUCCCUCUGUCCUUUGCCCCUAAUGAGGACUAUGACUGAACCCAUCUUCCCUAAUCAUCAUCCACCCCAACAACACACCACAGCCUCAGCUGAAUUCCAUCAGCCAUCUUAAAUGGUCAAACGGCAGCAAAAGUAACAACAACAACAACAACAAGAGAAAAAAAAGAUUAACCUAAAAUUUGAGACAAACAGGCCCUGACUGGGCACUGUGGUGCCAUGGACGCCUUCUCAAUCUGUUAUUUUUUAUUUUUAUUUUAUUAAUACUGCUUCUUCAUGGGCAAACAAAUGAAAGCACAUUUUUAUUUUCUUUUUUAUUUUCUUUUUUUUUUUUUUGCUUUAUUCUCAAUAUUUUUCUGUCAAACCUAAACUGCAGCAUUCAGACAAAUGAAUUGCAUUUAGUAGCUUGUCGUAUAUUCCCCUUAUCUUUUUUUUCCUGGCUUGUGUUAACACAAGAACAGUUGAGUAGAAAUGAUUACAACUUUGCUGAUAGUCAGUUAGCCCUGUUUUUGAUAAGUCUUGAGUAAAGCGAUUGAGGUUUGGUUAGAAGGAUAAGCUGAAAUGCGUUCAAAUGGGUGGAUUCAUCAAAAAUGGAAAACACAUGGCACUUCACAUUAAGGGGAUGCUUUCCAGAGGAAAAGACUAGCUUCAUUAGAGAGAGAGAGAAAACAAAAAAAGAAAUUCGAAAUAGGCACCAAACUGGACUGUCUCCUUGUUCUGUUGCAUCACUGUGCGCUUGUACCUUGGUGAAAGAGAAGAGCAGAUCAUGGAUGAUCUCAUGUGAAGCGGACGAAGAAAGGACUUAGGUUUGCGUAGAUUCAGAGACUAGAGUAGAACUGAGACUUUUGCCGCACGUUAAGCAAAUCUUGUUUAAAAAAAGGAAAAAAAAAAAAAAAAAACCACGAAAAAACUUCCCAAAAAAUUAGCAAGCGGUGAUGCAGAGAAGUUCUGCGUGUGGUUUAUUUUUGUAUUUUUUAAAGCUUUUUUCCUUGUGUGUAUGUGUGUACUUGAGUGCAUUUUUUUAAACCUCACUUUUGUCAUUUACUCUUUGUUCCCUGUUUAACCCCCUAUAGUUUUCAUGUGUUUGUGGGAAGAGGUUAUGGUGGCGUUGAGAGAGCCACAGUACUUUUUUUCUUUUCUUUUUUUUUUUUUUUUUUUUUUAAAUCUUGGAUCGAUUAAUUGUUUGUACUUGUUGUAUCAGAGGAAAUUAAAAAGAAAUGACUUUUUGUAUUUGUUUCGAAGAGAAUGGCAAACGAUGUGGGACUGAGUACCCAGGGAGAGGAGGGCUUUUUUGCUUUGUUUACUUAACCUUUCGACGCUUGUAUUCUUUAGUGUACGCCAAAACUGGACAUUAAAGCAAUCUUUCGCAGAAAACACACACACAUCCUCCUCUCCUUUCGUUCUCCCUCCAAACAGCCCCCUUUACCAAUCCGUAGUUUCAAUACAGUACAUUUUUAGAAGCUAUGGAGUCAGAUUUUUUCCUAACUUGUUUUAGAAAGUUGCAAGAAAUAAAAAAAAAAUAAUAAUAAAAAAGGAAUGUUCUUCCCUGACAGUUGAGAGAAAUGUCUACGGAAAAUGUUAAGAUAACGAUUUGCAUUAGUUUGGGGCUCAACAUUUUGCAGAUGACGUGACGAAGAGGUGGAAGUUUGUGUGUAAUGUGACGAAGAAAUGUUACCUGAAGAAUGAGUUGUACGUCUUUUUGAAUUGGGGGGGAAGUCACGUUUUUGUUGUUUUUGGCAGUAGGGAUUGGGUGGGUUACAAGGAUUAUUGGCAUUGCCAGAGUUUGGGCUCAACUGUAAAUUGGUUCCUUCAUAUAGCAAGAAAAAAAAAUCUUGGCUUUUUUAUAAUUAUCUGUAACAAGUUUUUACAUGUUGGUCAUCUCUUGCUUUUUGUCUUGACAUAUAAAAGAAACAGAAAUAUCUGUCUCCCUGCUCAGUUAUCUUUCUUUUUUUUUUUUUUUAAAGAAUUUGACCCAUUUCUUCACCAUUUUAGAAGGUUGAGGAAAUAGAGGAAGCAGUUUAAUAUUCAUGGAAUUGGAUCAUUUAAACCAUUAAAUUCUAAAUGGUCUAAAGCAGCUACAGUAUUAGAUUGAAAUGCAGCGAAUGCUGGGUGUUGGGUCUGAUCGCAGGAACGCAUACAUGAUUUCCAAACCGAUUCUCCAUUUCCUUGUGGAAAGUGUAAAUAAUCAUCUCGUAUAUUUGUCUAUUGUCAAAGAUUGAGGUAUUCAGGAAUUUAAAUCCCUUUCGAUUCUGUGGAAACGCAAUUUUUAAACUGGUUUUAUCUUCAGGUUAUAAACUGUCACUCUUGGGAGGGGAGAAAAUUUAAAAAUAUGAACAACCCUGUGGCGAGAGAAGCCCGUAAUUUGAAAGUCGGCACUUCUAAGCUCCCGGUCGUCGUGUGCAAUUAUACGUCACACGCGAGAUUUGGGAACGCGGGUUUUGACAUGAUGUGUAUUUCGAUAGUUGGCGCCCAAACGUUGCUCUUCGACUGCGAGUUGUAUAAAAGGCAUUAAUAUAAGUUCAUGUUAUUCUUGUGCUGUGCUUAUACCUGUGUCCUGUCCCUCUUCCAUCAGUAGUCAAUGUUUUUUGCAGGUCGUCGGUCUUCAAGUGUCAACUUGGUUUAUACUUGUACUCAAGAUAAGUUGGCAGUGAUGUUGUCAGGUGUACUGAGCAUUUUUGUAGUGUGAAAAUUAGUAUGUUAAAAAAAAAUGUGUUAUCUGGUUUUAGGAAUUACAUUCAAAAUAUCGUUUACGAAUACUAUGAAAUAAUAAAAACGGCCAUCUUUGAA